CGAAGGUGUGGAGCUGUGGCUGGUGAGCGGGCCCUCCCGCAUAUACUUUAUUUUGCGUCCAAAUUCAUAACUUCACCCCAUCGAUUACUUGUGUUUUGCCCAGAAGAAAAGUAUAUGAGUUAUACCACUUCAUUGACUUAAACAUGGCCGCCUUCUUUUAAAUUUGGGAAGCAUUGGAAGGGUUACUUCAGCGCAGUCUGCUGGUGAUGGAUAAGCAUGAAGAGUUCACAAGAUGGGCUGAAUUACAAGGUGUUGAGCUCUAUGGUAUUGCAGCGCAUCAAUUUCCAGGCCGGGGCCUUGGGAUUGUGGCUAAAGAGAGGCAAGAGGCUGGAAAGAUCAUAUUGACCGUCCCAAUAAGUGCACUACGGACAACUCUUACAGUUCCCAAAGCAAUUUCUAUCCCGCUUGGUAAAAUUACAGCCCACGGUCUUCUAGCUGCGGACAUGUCCCUCGAUACGGAUGAAGCCAGGUCACGUUGGCGAGAUGUUCUUCCUUCGCAAGAGGACUUCCAAGCGUCCAUGCCCAUUCUAUGGCCUCCUAUACUGCAGGAUUUUCUUCCGCAGGCCGCUUCCGCUCUUCUCUCUAACCAGAUAAAGAAGUUCGAGCUUGAUUGGGCGACCGUCUCCGGUGCCUUUCCAGCUAUUGACAGAGACCAUUACCUGUACAGCUGGCUGAUUGUGAAUACACGCACAUUCUACUAUGUCCCCCCGGGAACUAAGAAGAAGAAGGAUUCAAAGGAUUGCAUGGCGUUAAAUCCCUUUGCCGACUAUUUCAACCAUGCAUCCCAGGGAUGCACCGUUGAGUUCGGGCCAGAGGGAUUUGAGAUUACUACCAACAAGGUAUAUGGAGAGGGGGAAGAGAUUUACAUCUCUUAUGGCAAACAUAGCAACGACUUUUUAUUGGCAGAAUAUGGUUUCAUCAUGGCUGGGAAUGAUUUCGACCAUAUUCUCCUCGACAGUGUUAUUAUUCCCAAAAUGGAUGCUGUACAACUUCAACUAGUCAGAGACGCUGGUUAUCUUGGGAAGUACGUUUUGGACAACGAAUGUGUGUGUUAUCGAACGGAGGUUGUUCUAAGAGCACUAUGCAUGCCAGCGAGACGGUGGGAACGAUUCGUCGAUAGCGGAGUGGACGGACAGCAUGAUCAAGCUAUGGCCAACGAAUUAUUGAUCAAGGUAUUGAAACUGUACGUGGCAAAAGCGCAGAACCUCAUUGAACAGUUACUAUCAUUGGAAGUGAAAGAUAGGAGUCAAGUAGAGACACUUGUGCGGCGCUGGAACCAGAUUCUAUCGUUUCUGCAAGGUGCUAUUGUGUGUUCAGUAGGGUAGCAAUGAACGGAGCGGCACUGACAAUUUUCAUGGUCGAGCUUUU